ACACGUCGUCAAUGGAGUCUGCUUCGAGGCACACUGAGCAAAAGGAGCGACGUGCAAAAGAAGAGCAGGCGGCCAUGGUGGUGCUAUGUCGAAAGGAGCAUCAGGAGGCCGAGGGCUGACCCACCUGCGUUAGCGCCUUAUCGCAGAGCGGUCAAGCCAGGGUCAAGCGUCCCCACCAUUGGCUUCUGGCCUGCCGCCCUAAUCACCCAGCGGCCACCCAGCUGCUACACCGACCACCUUGGAUGUGUAUGCAUCCCGAUAUUUCAUGCACCCUCUUACUCGCCGCACGCUCGCUGAUGUCACCACGCCUACCCGCCAGGAACCACCUGCUGCUGCUGUUGCGCCUUGUGCUUCCAUCGUGUCUGCAUUUCGCGCUUGCCACGCCCGACUACACGCGACUUGCAUCCAAAUACACGCGACACCACGUGCCUCACCCCGACCCUCGGCCAAUCACCAUCGCCCGCCGCCAAACCACUGUUCGCAUCCUGCACGACUACCUACAUGUACACCACCUACCACCGCCAAUCACCCACACUCGACGUAUGCGCAAUUCCUGCGGCCGCCCGCUAGUCCUCUUUGCCUGCUAGCUUCAUGUAAGCUGGUCCCGCUCGUGCGGGGGUACUCGGCACGGAAGAAUCCAAGUAGCACCUCAACAUGGCCCACGGAGUAUAAACGACUACACUUGACCGCCUCUUCACCACGCCACUGACUCCUGUCCUUUGUACUCUGCUCUUUACACUCGUUCGCUUACCACAAGCCUUGCUGCUACCACUAUCC